AUGCCUCAGCUCACGACUUUGCCAAAUGAGAUUCUUCACAACAUCUUCCAGUGGCUACCGCCGAAGGAUCUCGGAUCACUACCCCGCGUCUGCCGAGCACUUCACAGCUAUGUGAAAGACAACCAGAAGCUGUGUCACGACGUAUAUCUGCAUCAUUUUGAUUUGCCUCUAGCCGAGGAGGAAGUCGAUUGGGAGGAUGAACUACACAGUAUCGUCAGAUUAGAGAAUAUCUGUCUGCGUGAAACCGCUGAAGAAAAGGCAAGCCAUGCUGUAGAGGCGUCCGAUACCCAGUAUGCAUCGAGAAACGUAGAUUUCCUGAAUAGCCUCUUUGAGAACGAGGUCAACCGCGAGGCCUUCCUUCAAAAGUCUUCCCUCUUUGAGAGGGUCUACAGAUCCCAGCACCAAGCACCGUCUGACAACAUAAGCAAAGAGCAACGACAGCUAAGCGCAAAGCUGCACUGUUUAUAUGGCAAGCCAAUCCUCAAGGUUGGAAGACUACGAUCAGCCAGGACCUAUCCUUAUGCAUGCUCGAAAGUCUACGACAUUCGACAGUACACCGCCCAAACUCGAUGGGGCCCCUUUAUGAGCGAUGGGAGCGAUCGCGUGGACUGGGAGAAGGUCGAGGCGAUCCUUAUUGUGUUGGGGAACAAUGUGUACACUAAGAAGCUUACUCGGCUUUUUAGCGACAUCUGGGACAAUCCCUUCUCUGGAUCUUGGAAAGGCAGCUUCAUAUCUUCUCCUAGUCCUGAUAUAACGUCGUUGGACGCCAUGGAUCCAUACGGCGUGACUGGCACGUGGUAUCGGCUUGUUUGCUUUCUUGACUACAACGAUUUCUUCAGCUACAACUUUACCAACCCUGAACGAGACGAGUCUCCCCUUCAUACUCUGGACGUUGGUGAAGCGACUCGGUUGAUCAUCAUGAGGAUCCACGUCACUAAGAUUGAGCAAGCUGGACCGGAUUCAGAGUACUCGUCGGAUUUGCCGAUAGUGCACUUUGAGGGUAUCUCUCGCCCGCUCGACGAUUCGUGGGACGACAAUGCGUCAUCUGAUCUUCGAGCUAAAGACUUUCCUUCGAAAGGGACCGUUGGCUUAACGAAAGAGGGCGAGGUACGUUGGACGUCAGUAUCCAUCUUCCACGGGCAUGAGAGGUGGAAGAGUGAGGGUGUCCAGGUCGGCGGGGUGCGAUCUGCUCGUGGGGUGAUUGGGAACUGGUUCGACAGGGACUAUGAUCCUCACGGCCCCUGCGGACCGUCGGCUUAUUGGAAAGCUAGCGACUCCGAAGCAGCGCAUGGUACGCACGCCGUUCUUCCCAGGAACUUCCUGCUGUGGAGCGCGCUGAUCCAUAUGGAAGACUCUGAUGAUCCAGAGGGUGACAUGGAGUAUACUAUGGAGAACGAGGAAGAGGACGAGGAUGAUGACUCCGAGUCGGAGCCUGUGGCAAAUGAGCUGCCAGAGCUGCUGCUAGAUGCGGAAUUCGAGAUCAUCGAGCUUACCCAACAUGUCGAGGAACCGCCGUCGGGGGCUUAA